CAGCCUGACCGUGUUUUUUGUGUUAAAAUACUUCUUCCUAGAUAAUUGAAAUGUUUUUAGAAUACCAGCCUUAUUAUCCCAAUAUUCGGUAACGUUGGAACACCCAGAGAAUUGGCGUAUGCAAAUUCUUGUUGAAUCACUGACAUUAUUUUCUUUAUUUUUGCGCUGUCUUAGCUAGCACUCUACAGAUGUCGCUCAAAAGCUGAAAAUAUCACGUGCAAAAAUGGUUGUCAUAAUCAACCUGCCAUUAGUCAAUCAAAAUUGCGAACAUAAAUCUUAUUUAAAAUGAGAUCUCGGUCCUAGAUUAUUGAGAUUUGUGUAUUAUUUGAGGUAACUGAGAAGUAUUAUAUCAUACUAAUAUAAAAAUGACGUCCAGAAUUAUACUUAGGGCACCUACAGCCUUAGGAAGGCAGCUAAUCAGGGGCCAGCAUACGAUGUCUGCCUUUGAAAUGCAGCAUAAGACACCCCUGACCAAAAGAAUUGAUCCCAUCCCUGUUGCGAUGUAUGGGGGCCGUCAAGCAGUUUCUAUGCUACCAGGCGGUGGUAUUGGACCAGAACUCAUGAGCUAUGUUAGAGAUGUCUUUAAGUACGCCGGGGCCCCUGUAGAUUUUGAAACUGUAGAUAUUGAUCCCAACAGCGAAUCUAAUGAUGAUCUGGAUUAUGCAAUUACUUCUAUCAAAAGAAAUGGUGUUGCAAUUAAGGGAAAUAUUGAAACAAAAAGCAAAAGUGCUGAAACAUUGUCAAGAAAUGUAGCUAUUAGGAAUGAGCUUGAUCUGUAUGUUAAUGUUUUACAUUGCAAGUCAUAUCCAGGACUACCUGCAAGACAGAAGAACAUUGAUCUUAUGAUUAUCAGACAAAAUACUGAAGGAGAGUAUGCUAUGCUUGAACAUGAGUGCAUUGAUGGAGUGAUCGAGAGUAUGAAGGUGGUGACAGCCUCAAAUUCAGAAAGAGUUGCAAGGUUUGCCUUUGAGUUUGCUAAAAGAAAUGGUAGGAAAAAAAUUACCACUAUUCAUAAAGCAAACAUCAUGAAACUUUCUGACGGUUUAUUCUUAGAAACAUCUAAAAGAAUAGCAAAGGAAUACCCUGAAAUUGAACAUAAUGAAAUGAUCAUUGAUAACUGUUGCAUGCAGCUGGUCUCCAAUCCACACCAAUUUGAUGUAAUGUUGAUGACAAAUCUUUAUGGUAGCAUAGUCUCUAACGUUUGUUGUGGUCUUAUUGGUGGAGCUGGCUUGCUUUCAGGAAGAAACUAUGGCGACCAUUAUGCAAUUUUUGAGCCAGCUACAAGAAACACUGGUAAGGCUAUUGCUGGUAAAAAUGUUGCAAAUCCCAUUGCAAUGUUGAAUGCUGGUAUCGAUAUGCUCCACCAUUUGGGACACGUACAACAUGCUGAUCUGAUCACCAAAGCAAUGGUGAAAACUAUUUGUGAAGAUAAGAUUCACACACCAGAUUUGGGUGGAACUGCAAAGAGUACAGAUGUGAUCCAAAACAUAAUAGAUUAUAUUUUAACAGUCGACGUUAGGCCCUGGUAAUUUAAAACUGUGUUUUCCUUGAGUGUGUUUGGUUAUGGACUGUUAACACACCUAACACCACUAGCUUGGAACACUGUAACCUUUUAUAACAUCUCUCCUUCACCUGUGGUGGAAGCAGAAUCUAGUUUAGACCUGCAUGUUUGUUUUCAUGGUUGACGUCUCUCUAACCUUUUUGUACUGAUAUACAUUCCGUAUUUUCAUUCCGUUUUUCUACUUUUUUUUACAGAGUUAAGCAACGAAGAGGUGCUUAAAUGUAUCUGCUAACUAUUACUUUAUAAAUAAUUUAUUAAACAUUUCAAACAUAAUAAACAGUGUUUUCUGUAAAUUCACCAAAAAUAUAUAUCAUCAGCCAUAAUUCUAGAUAUAUAUAUUGUAACAAUUAAUAACAAAUAAAUAGUAACAAAAUCA